AUGAUGCCACGUUUUGUGUCUGAGUUGCAGAAUGAAAGCUUUAUACCAGGCAUGGGCAAAAUGUGGUCCGAGAACAACAACAACAACAACAACAACAACAACAACGGCAGCAACAACAUCAGGAAGCCAAACAUUGUCUUUGUGUUUGGAGACGACUACGGCUUCAACGACAUCGGGUACCAUGGCUCGCAGAUUGCCACUCCAAAUCUUGAUAAGCUGGCGUCCGACGGCGUGAGACUAGAGAACUAUUACGUCCAGCCUCUGUGUACACCCUCCCGCAGUCAGAUGAUGUCUGGCCGGUACCAGAUCCACACGGGUCUCCAGCAUUAUGCCAUUCAUUCGGAACAACCCAACGGUCUACCCCUGGACAGUCCAACAAUGGCGGACAAGAUGAAGGAAGCCGGUUACGCCACACACAUGGUGGGGAAAUGGCACCUGGGAUUUUACAAGGACGAGUACUUGCCCUGGAACAGAGGAUUCGACUCCUACUUCGGUAAAGGGUUAUACAACACAACACAACACAACGCAACACAACAACACAACGCAACACAACACCAUCCCCAGCCCCUGUUCCUGUACCUGGCCUACCAGUCUGUCCACGGCCCGCUACAGGUGCCUGAAGAAUACGAGAGGAGGUACAGACACAUCCAGGACGAAAACCGAAGAAUAUACGCAGGUAUGGUGUCCGUCAUGGACGAAGGUGUGGGCAAUCUCACCCAGGCGCUCAAGGACAAAGGUCUGUGGGACAACACCGUGCUUGUUUUCUCUACUGACAACGGAGCUCACGUGAACGUCGGAGGCAACAACUUCCCUCUCCGUGGCUGGAAAGGUUCUCUCUGGGAGGGAGGUAUCCACGGCGUGGCUUUUGUCUCCGGCGGGAGGGUGCCACUGAAAGGAACAGUCAACAGAGAGCUGAUCCACGUCUCUGAUUGGUUCCCCACGCUGGUGGGACUGGCACAGAGCUCCCUCAACGGAACGAAGCCUUUGGACGGAGUUGACCAGUGGGAUACCAUCAGCCGCGGCACUCCCAGCAAACGCACCGUCUUGCUCCACAACAUUGACCCGCUACAGCCCAAACACGGCGUCCCUCUGUACAACGACACUUUCGACACAACGGUGAGGGCGGCUGUACGGGUGGGCCACAUGAAGCUCAUCACCGGGGAACCUUACAACGGGAGCUGGGUACCGCCCCCUGGAUCAUCCCACAAGUAUGAGCCAGACCACCGGAGACCUCAUCAGAACGUGUGGUUGUUCAACAUCACAGCUGACCCGACCGAGCACCACGACUUGUCUGACCACAUGCCGGACAUGGUUCGGACCCUCCUGGGAUAUCUACAGCGGUUUAACCAGACAGCCGUCCCUGUACGGUUCCCGCCCUUUGACAAGAGAAGUAACCCAGCCCUGCACGGAGGAGUCUGGGGACCCUGGGAGUAGAUAGCUUUAAGCUUUCUUUGUUUUUGAGUGGCAGUUUCUUUUUUAGCUUUAAGUUUUCUCCUUGUUUGUUUCUAGCGGCAUUUUCUUUUUAGAGACGAUUCUCUAUUUUGUAUACGUCUGCCGAGUUAUGUCCCUUUGUACUGUCAAGAUUCUCUGGCGAUAGGUAGUCGGAGACAUCUUUCUUGAGUCUUGCUCCAAAGUUAGGAAUGCCAGAAUGUCUCGAUAUCUGUCGUUCCAAAACAACGUGUCGUGCCAUUGCCUCCGCACAGUUUCCUUGAUUUACUAUUCAGAAACCAGAGCCUGAACUUCUCGUUUUGGGGACCGUGGGAGUAGACACCUUUUGGUCUUUUCUUUGCGUUGUUGUGUUGGUGACUCUGAUUUGUUUCUUGAAUUUGUCUUUGGAAUUAUGUGCUAUUUGUUUAAAUUAAAAUUAAAAGUCUUUUGGUAAAUAAAAAUGUAGAUCUAUUUGGCAACAAACUCAUCUUAGGCAAAACAUUUUUUAUGUUCCUGUCGUAAUUUUUUCCUAAUGACAUUUUUAAUUGCCAAUGCUGCAGAAUUUAGUAAAAGGUGGACAGUGGCUAUUCAACAAAACUUGAGACUAUGUUGAGAAAUAAAAAUCUGAUCCUCAGAUGUCCCCCUUUAAUCUGCGGUAUGAUAGUUGCAAGUGUGUUCUUUUUUCUUGAAGCUUUCAUUACCUUUUGACUCACUCUCGUUAGAAUCCUUCUCGGUUGCUAUUUUAGCAAUUGCUACUGAUAUUGUUUUUGUUUUUCUUUAAUUUCCUCGUUGCUAUUGAGGCAUCAGCUGACAUCACACCUUUACGAUUAUGAUGUAUGACGUACGUGUGCAUUUAGUUCUUAUUCUUGACUUUUAUAUAUUAAAAAAAUAAUAUUUGAAUAUAAUAGUUCAAUUGACAAAUUCAAAGAUGUGCGAAGACUAAUAAAUGUGCAAUAAAAGUUAACAUCUCCCAGAAAGUUCUGCAUUUGUGUGGUCUUUUGUUUAUGGUUAGUAAGAUUAUUCUGAGUCGUUAACAAGAUAUUCAAAUAAUGACAUUCG